ACUGAAUGGUAUGGGGAAAACUGACAGAUACAGACACAAGGAUAGUGUGGCAGUUUAUAGGAAAAUCUUACUAAAAAUAUGUUUUCUUCGGUGACUAGGCUGUAGUUAGAUCACCAGGCAGUGAAAGGGUGUUAGCAGCCUCUCCCUCACUCUGAUCUUUGUCCUGUGUGAUAAAGUGUCAGAGCUGAGAGUUUAAAGGGGACAUUUUAUAUAAUGCUCAUCUUUAGUUAUGUUAUUGUUCCUUUCUUACAAUAUGUAGUGAUGUAGAAAAAAAAACUGUUUUUAAAGCAUUUUACCUUGUAAAAAUGCCAUUAUAUCAGAGCUGCACAGAGAUGUUUACUCGUCUGCGUCUAUGCUGAAAUGAGGAGUGGGCGUGUCUCUUCUUUCUCCCACAGGAAAUUGUUAUCACACUGACUGACAGGCUGAACACACACACACACACAGCAGGGAAAGCCCCUCCCAGGUUCCUGCCCAUGUCUCUCACCAGCCUACAAACACAUGCUGUUCCUGCACACUUUAAUUUAUUUUUAUCAUAUUAGAGAAAAACUUCCUGCAACUAACUACAGAAUCAGCAUAUUAUUUGAUGCAGAUGAACCCAAGUAAAUGUUUCGUGUUUUCUGUGCCACGCUCAUGUGAUAAAUUGCACGGUGCACCCAUUAAAAAAAUUAAAAGGCUUUGAUUUAUUUUCAUAUGUGCUGUACAUAUGGGAGGACGUAGCCGAUUGUGUAGGUGGCGAUCGGGGGAAGGUGAAUGGGGAAGGCAUCAGAGUGGUGAUCGAGUUAGGUGGACAGAGAAGGCAGCAGGAAUGCAAUCGGGGGAAGGCAAAAGCAAUAGUGUAGGAAAGCAAUGUGGGGAAGUGAAUGGGGAAAGCAGGGAGGAGGAGAUAAUGGAAAAAAGAAGGGGGGAGGGCAGCGGGGAGCUGAACAGGGAAGCAGCAGCGCAGCAGUAGAGACAGCAGGAAAGCGAUCAGAUUAGGUGAGCAAAGAACACAGAAGAAAUGCCAUCAGGGAGAGGCAGAGAGCAGGCAAUCGAGAAGGCAGCAGUAAUGCCAUUGGGGAGGCGAUCGGGGAAGAGAGUGGGGGAAACGUUCUUCAGUGAGGAGGUGAAUCCGGAAGGCAGCAGGGAAGAGAUCACAGAAAGCAGUCGGGAGAAGAACGUGGCCAAUGAACAGGGGAGGCAAGCGUGUAGGCAAUUAGGACACAUGAUGAUGAGGCAGCCAGGGCAGGACUAAAAGGACUGACGUAAGCAAAAAAGUACCUCCCGCAUCUGCCUGCCCAGUCCUGCCUAAGUGGAUAUGCUGUUGCUUCUGGCUUUGUAAGGCCGUCGGCCGCUGAGAGAUAUGGAGAGGAGCCUUGGACCGGAAGUAUGUGAAAGGGUGGUGAAUAAGAAACAACAAGUGAAGCUGAUGGGCUUAACAGCUAAAUCAUUCAGAAAAUAAUGCAAUGAAAAUGAGUGAAAAAGAUGAUGGAAAAGAAGAACACACAGAAACUUUAGAAGAAAUUGUAUAUGUUGUUGCCUUAAAUGAGAAUGUAGCUAAAAGGAAAGAAGAAAACACAGAACCUUCCAAAGUAACAGUAGAUGAUGUUGCAAUGAAUGAGAAUGGAGCUGAAUGGAAAGAAGAAAACACAGAAGUUUACAAAGAAACAGUAGAUGCAAUGAAUGAGAAAGGAGCUGGAAGGAAAGAAGAAAAUACAGAACCUUCCAAAAAAAUGGUAGAUGAAGCCGAAAGAAAAGAAGAAAACACAGAACCUUCCAAAGAUAAAAAAACCUUAUUUAGAGACUUAUCAAAGAAAAUGAAUAUGGAACCAUAUGAAAACAAAACUCUAACAUUACAAGACUUUCUUCAGAUUGAUCAAGAAUGUUUACAGCGGAUGGAAGAUUGGCAAAGAGAGUCUGCAGCCUGGAAUUUUAUACAUAAAGUAAUUGCAUUAAAUGGAACAGCCAGAAGCAUAGUUACAAAAAGUGAGGAUGAAAAUGAAGAUCCUCAGGAUGACACAGAUGAUAUCAUCUGUGGCUCAUCUAACUCUGUUCAUCCCCUAGAUGUCCUUUGCUUUGUCUUGCAUUGCUGUGACAAUUUUUUGCAGCAGGAGAUUAUACUGAAAAUGUCUAUGUGUCAAUUUGCUGUCCCUUUGCUGCUCCCUGAUGUUGACGGCCCAGGCUGUACCUACAUGCUUUGGGGAAUGAGAGAUAUUGUAAAAAGAUGGAGGCCUCAGUCUCUAGCUGAAACAAAGGGAUUCAUACAAGCACAUCUUGUUCAGAUAUCUAUGCCAACAUUCAGUUUUGUUAGAUUGGGUGAAAGUAAAUUAUCUAAAUCUACUAUUCUAAAUCAAGUUAUCAGCAAAGCUCAGCACACCUACGACUUCUUUGUUCACAGAAAUAUGGAAGGUGCUGAUGUCACAAGGGAGAUAUCUGAGGGGCUGACAGAAAUAUCCUGGUAUUUUCCAGCUGGUAAAGGUAAUUCAGAUAUUUUCUCAGAGCCAGUUGCAUUUGCAAACCUUCAUGGAAACAUUGAGGACAACUUGAAGCAGUUUGCAUUUCUAACACAGAUCUCAUCAGCUGUUUUUAUUUUUGUGGAAAAUAUUGAUCAGCCUUUCUAUGACUUUUUAUCCCAAUAUAAAAACUCUAAGACAACCUUUGUCAUUAUUGUCAAGGCAAACAAUAAAAUUGACAAUAGCACAAAUCUCAAUAAUGUUACUGUACUUCAGUUCAAAAGUAAAAAUAGUGAAGCAAUAAUCACAAAGAAAAUUCGAGCAACUGCUGUCGAUUUUAUUAAAAAAGGAUGUAAUUUCAUGAAUUUGGAAGAUAUGGCAGAAAUUGCUUCCAAACUAGGAAUCUCUGUAGAUGAGAAUGGGAUAGAAUGUCAGAAUGCAAAGGCAGAUGCCAAAGCCAUUGCAGAGGAAAUAAAAGAUGUUGCACAGUACAAGAAGAAAACAAUGAAGCUGCAGGACAAUUUAUGGAAAAAUCUGGCUGAGCUGGAAAAAGAAAUGUGUCAAAUGAAAAAACAAGGUGAUAAACAUGGAGAGAGUUACAGAGUGGAACUACAAAAUCAACGUGUAGAAAACCGUACGCAACAGUAUCAGUGUGAAAUGCCAAAUGGCAUUAGUAAGUUUAUUGAUUCAAUCAAGAAAAGGAACCAUACUGAAAAUCACUAUUUUUUGAAAUGGCUUAGAUUUUAUCUUGAUUUAUCUGCCAUGAAUAACCUCUCUGCUUUACAAGCUGAGUAUAAACAAAUGUCAAGCAGUCCCAGUAUGACUCAGCUGUCUGAGCUUGAUCAGAAAAUAUCAGACAGUUCCCUGGGUAUUGAACAUUUUUUGAGAGAAUUAGGUCAGUUUUAUGAGGCAGAACAUUUUAUGUUGAAGGAAGAAAAUGCAAAAAAAAGAAAAUUUGCUCAACUACCAACAUAUGCUGCUGAUCUCUUACUGGGUGGAUUCCCAUUGGAGCUGAUAGAUGGAGAUGCUUCUAAUAUCCCACUGCAGUGGCUACAGGAUGUACUACAUGAACUGGACAAUAAAACAGGGAAAUGCUGCAGAAUGGGGGUAAUCACUGUACUGGGGGUGCAGAGCACAGGAAAAUCCACCCUUCUUAACACAAUGUUUGGGCUGCAGUUUCCAGUCUCUAGUGGACGAUGCACACGGGGGGCUUUUAUGACACUAAUGAAAGUAAGAGAAAAUUUUCAAGGAGAGCUGGGCUGUGAGUUUAUUCUGGUGAUUGACACUGAAGGAUUGAGAGCUCCAGAAUUGACUUCUCUGGAAAACAGCUAUGAACAUGAUAAUGAACUUGCAACACUGGUCGUUGGGUUGAGUGACAUCACAAUUGUAAACAUGGCCCUGGAGAAUACAACUGAGAUGAAAGAUAUUUUGCAGAUAGUGGUCCAUGCAUUCCUAAGAAUGAAAGAGAUUGGAAGGAAACCUAAGUGCUAUUUUGUACAUCAGAAUGUAAGUGAGGUUUCUGCACAUGAAAAUAACAGGCGAGACAGAGUGAAACUUCUGGAACAUCUGAAUGAAAUGACCAAAAUUGCAGCAAAUAUGGAGAAUAAGACUAAAUUUACAGCUUUUUCUGAUAUUAUGAUAUAUGAUCCAGAGAAAGACAAUUCCUACAUUCCUGGCCUCUGGAAUGGAGUCCCACCAAUGGCAUCUAUAAACGUUGCUUACAGUGAAACUAUCUGUGAGCUUAAAGCAUAUUUAAUUGAAUCUAUGAAGAACAAGGGACACAGAAUUGGCGACUUCAUGGAGUUGAUAGAAAGUCUGUGGAAUGCUGUGAAAUAUGAAAACUUCAUUUUCAGCUUUAGAAACCGCUUAGUAGCUAAUGCCUACAACCAACUGGCUAAAAAAUACUCAGAACUAGAGUGGAAGUUCACUAAGUCAAUGCAUAAUUGGCUAGCAGAGACUGAAACAGUGAUCAAGAAUCAAAAUGCACAGACAGUGGAUAGUGAAGCAGCACAAUGUAAACGUGCAGCAUAUGUUAUCCUUGGCAAUGAGGAGGUGAACAUGCAGGCAGAAUUAGAGAAAUAUUUUUCAAGUGAAAACAAAGAUGCAAGUCUAGUAGAGAGGUACAAAGCCGAAUUUUUAACUAGUGCGAGUUGCCUUAGGAAGAAGCUGGAAUCAUCAUCUAUUAGCAAAUGUGAUGAAGCUAUUCGCAUCCAUAAAGAGAACUUAAAGGUAAGAAAUAUUAUCAGUGCAUACAAAGAAGUUAUUGAUAAAAAGGUCGCCAGUCUUGUGAUGAAGUUUAGGGAACAAAAAUAUAAACCUGAUGAAAAAAUACUUGAAGAAGAAUUUGAGGUAAUGUGGACAAAUAUUAUAGCAAAGUUAGAUGUUACUGCCCUUCCAGAACCUAAUGUUGAACUUGAACUUCUUACUUUACUGAAAAAAGAUAUGACAUUAAAAGGUUCCUCUAUCAAUCAAAGACUGAACAACAUAAACAAACUUCCAAAGCAGGAAAAGUUGCAUGUACAUGAAAAUAAGGUGAAAAGUCUUAUAAAAAAAAUAAGGAAAACAUUGUCGUUUGGGAGUAGUGUUUAUAGUUCUGACAAACUAGAAGUAUUUCUUGAGUCCCUUACAGACAUAUGUUCUGAGUGUAUAAAGGGUAAGCUAAAUUCAGAAUCUGACUAUAUUGACACAUAUGGAUUGGAACUACUACAUUUGAUUAAUUUAGUGUGUGAUGGAAAGAAAGAUUUUCAGAUCACAUCUGAUACUGAGCUGGAUCUGAAACUCUUUAUUUUGGGUAAUGCAGUUGGUGAUUUUCAACAGAUGCAUAAGGAGUUUGUCAAGAAGAAUGAUCCUCUGAUUUGUCUUGGAGAGAUGAAACCAAAAUAUUGUAAGAGUUUUCAGUAUCUAUUUCUGGAGAAAGAUGAAAGCUGGGAGCGAGCAAAACAUUUCUGUGACUUCUGGUUGAAACCUUCUCUGAUUGAGCAACUAAACCGAAAACUUGGAUAUGAAAUAGUUGAUCACAUUCUAGAGAACAGUGAAUCCAAUCAUUAUAGAACAAGAGGAUACUUCCAGUUCACUGUGAUGAAAACUCUUCUAGAAAAGAGUAAUUUUUCUGACUACUUAGAAUACAUAAGUGAUUAUGAAACGUUUGUCAAAAAAUGGAUAAAUAACUGUAUUUUAGAAAAAUGUGACUUCCACCAUCUGCAGUCCAUUGUUCUUUCUAAUAUCACAAAGAAGGUAAAAAGAUUCCUAAAUGAGCCAAGGACCUUUCAGUUUCAGAAAGUCUCUGAUUUCCUUGAGCACCUUAAGAAAGGACUGAGGACUGAUCUAGUGUUAUCAGAUGAUAUGGAUCUGUUUUGCCUGAAAGAUGAGGCAAAUAUAAAAGAAUUUGUUGAAAAUCUUGAGAAAUCUCUUAGUGACACUGAAGCUGAAAUCAUAUUUGAGAUGAAAGCAGUGGACAAGGAAACAAUUUUCUCCAAUGUUGUGGUAAAACCAGUUGAUGAAUUGUUUAAGAGAAUUUUUGGAUGUGGGAAGCAAUGUCCUUUCUGUAGAGUUCCCUGUGAGGCUGGUGGAACUGAUCAUAAAAAUCACUUUGCAUCUAUUCAUCGCCCUACAGGAUUAGUAAAAUACAGAUCCUUUAUCACACAGGAUCUUUGUUAUGAUAUCUGCACCACAAAUGUAUCCGGCAAUAAAUCAUUUAUAGAUAAAAGUGGGUCUUUACAUCUCUAUAAAGAAUACAGGACAGUUUAUCCAGAGUGGGAUAUUCCCCCUGACCGAAGUUUUGAGGCUUCUGAUUAUUGGAAAUAUGUUCUUAAAGAAUUUAAUGAGCAAUUUGCAAAAGAAUAUGAGGCCAGUCCUGCUGAAUAUCCCGAGAAAUGGAAAACAAUAACUAAAGCACAGGCAGAAAAAUGCCUCAACACUGCCUUUUGUAUGAAAUGAAAUACUUGCUGAAGUACAAUAUGUAAAAAAAACACUUCACUUUUCAAAGCAGUUCUCUGAUGGUGCAUCAUUUUGUUUAAGGAGUAUCAGUCUAUGGGUAACAGGUAGGCAAUUGUAAUCACUGGGGAUGCCUAAUACAUUGACACUGCCAAUAGGUUUUUCUUUCCUUGUACUUUAAAUACAAGGAGGAGAUUAUUAUACAGGGGCUUUAACUGGGUAGACGUGCAUAGUGCCUUUCCUUUAUGAUUCAUUAUUACAAAGAGGAAUGAGUAGGCCAUUUUUUUUCUUUAAAAAAAAGAUAUUUUUAUUUAAUAUUACAGGUUUUGGGCAUUUGGUAUCUUAAGUAUUGAUACAAAGUCAAGUCGGUGAGGAAAACAUGUCUCCAUAGCCUUCAUCUGUGAAAAUGUAUCACAUGCUAAAAAUGUCUCUUCAAAUUCCCUUUUUCUUCUACUGGUAGCAUAGUUUUCCACCAUUGUUCACUAUUUCCACUUGAAAAUAAUGGAGAAGAACAUUACUUUAGUCAGAAUAAAGCAUGGGGGUUACCUUUGAUAUAAAUCUUCCUAAGUUCUAAAGUGUCUUGAAAUAAAAAAUGUAAAAUUAAAACACAUGCUAUCAUAACUGA